CCCGCCCCCGCAGCCCGUGGCGCGGUGCAUUGUGGGCCGGCCGGGCCGCUGCUUUCGCGAUGCUGCUGCUGCUGCUCCGGGCGGGGCGCGGGGGCUGCCGGGCCAGGUACGUGGCCAGUCAUGCCAGAGUCUCCAUCUUCCUCCGAGCCCCCGGCCGCCUGGCCGCGCCGUCCCCAGCCCUGCCCCGCUGCCCCUUCUCGCUGGGCCGGGCCACCGCGCUCCUGGCGGGCCCAGCCUUGCUGGGCCUGGGGGCCGGCCUCGCCCGCAGAGGAGCUCGUUGCCAGGAGGCUGGGAGCCCCGGCCCGGCCCCUGCUUCCCCCAAGCCAGAGCCCGACUUCGCCUGGGCCGAGUUCUGGAAGUUCCUUCGCCCGCAGCUGCUGGCCCUGUCGGCAGCCGUCGUGUUUGCCUUGGGCGUGGCCCUGCUCAACAUCCGGAUCCCCAUGCUCCUGGGGGAGCUGGUGAACGUGGUGGCACGCUGCACCCAGCAGCGUGUUGGGACCUACCUGCGGGAGGUGCGCCGGCCUGCCCUCCGCCUGCUCCUGCUCUACAGCCUGCAGGGGCUGCUGACCUUCAGCUACAUCGUGAUGCUGGCGCGGGUCGGGGAGCGGGUGGCCGGCAGCAUGCGCAAGGCCCUCUUCGCAUCCCUGCUGCGACAGGACAUGGCGUUCUUUGAUGCCAACCGGACGGGGCAGCUGGUCAAUCGGCUCACAACCGACAUCCAGGAGUUCAAAUCCUCCUUCAAACUCGUCAUCUCCCAGGGCCUGCGCAGUGUCACGCAAACUGUGGGCUGCUUCGCCUCCCUCUACCUGCUCUCGCCCAAGCUGACCGGGCUGCUCCUGGUGGUGAUGCCCAGCUUGGUGGGCGCCGGUGCCCUGAUCGGCUCUGUCCUGCGCAGCCUCUCCCGCCAGGCCCAAGAGCAGGUGGCCAAGGCCACAGGGGUGGCAGAUGAGGCGCUGGGAAACGUGCGGACUGUGCGGGCCUUUGCCAUGGAGGACACAGAGGUGGCCCUGUACUGCCACGAGGUGGAUCAGUCGAGCCGGCUGAAUGAGAAGUUGGGCAGGGGCAUCGCUGUCUUCCAGGGGCUGUCCAACAUGGUGCUGAAUGGUAUCGUGCUGGGCACCAUCUUUGUGGGGGGCUCCCUCAUGGCUGGGGAGGAGCUCUCGCCUGGAGACCUCAUGUCCUUCAUGGUGGCUUCGCAGACAGUGCAAAGGUCCAUGGCCAACAUCUCCGUCCUGUUUGGACAGGUCGUGCGAGGCCUCAGCGCUGGAGCCCGUGUCUUUGAGUUCAUGACCCUGGAGCCGACCGUGUCCCUGUCGGGGGGGGACCAGAUCCCCAGCCACUCCCUGCUCGGCCACAUCUGCUUCCGGGACGUCUGCUUCAGUUACCCCACGCGCCCCAGCUGCCCAGUGCUACGGAACUUCAGCCUCACCCUGCCCCCUCGCAAGACAGUGGCCAUCGUGGGCGAGUCGGGAGGAGGGAAGUCGACGGUGGCGGCCCUUCUGGAGCGUUUCUAUGAGCCCACGGGGGGGGCCAUCACGCUGGACGGACGGGAGCUCUGCACCCUGGACCCCUCGUGGCUACGGGGGCAGGUCAUUGGCUUCAUCAGCCAGGAGCCUGCGCUCUUUGGAACGACCAUCCUGGAGAACAUUCGCUUUGGGAAGCCCAGCGCGUCCGACGCCGAGGUCUACGCCGCGGCCCGGCUGGCCAACGCCGACAGCUUCGUCCACAGCUUCCCCCAGGGCUAUGGCACCAUCGUGGGCGAGCGCGGCGUGAUGCUGUCGGGGGGCCAGAAGCAGCGUGUGGCCAUCGCCCGGGCCCUGCUUAAGAACCCGGCGGUGCUGAUCCUGGACGAGGCCACGAGCGCCCUGGACGCGGAGUCGGAGAAGGUGGUGCAGGACGCGCUGGAGCGGGCCAUGGCUGGCCGCACCGUGCUGGUCAUCGCCCACCGGCUCAGCACCAUCCAGGGCGCCGACCUCAUCGUGGUGCUGGCCCGGGGCUGCGUGGCUGAGGCGGGGACUCAUGCGGAGCUGCUACGCCGGAGCGGGCUGUAUGCUGAGCUUAUCCGCAGACAGGCCACGGAGCAGCCCUGAGCGGGGACGAGCCCAGCAGAGACCCUGGAUCUGUGCACCGACCUCUGGCGCUGGGGCCUGCCCAGCCAUGGGCCCCUCCUCUCUCCCCGGGCGGGGCUUCCUGGCUCUGGCUCCCCCCCCCGGUUCUGCCCCGGGCAGGGCUUGGGCCAUGGCCCGCAGCAAGGUGCUGGGUGCCCAGGUUCAUGCUGUGCCCCGUCGCCAAUAAAAGCCAAGUGCAGCUGU